AUGCCCAACAAAGAGGCGGCAGAGAGGAGACGGAGCGAAGAAAAAGCGGGAUAUAUGUACGGGGUGCGCACAGCAGAGCGGCCGCAGAGAGAGAAAAAGCAACGAGAGGGCGACGAUACCACAGGCAGAGGGCCUUUGCAUGGCAUGGCCGGCUCUCGCAGCGCUGCUCUGGCUUGUCUGCUUCGCCUGCCUCCUUUCUCCAGGUCCAAAAAUAUUCUCCUUGCCGCCGUUUGGGUCCGCUUUUGCUUCUUCUCGCUGCUCGUCUUUGCUUCUUUUUAG